CCGAGUUCCAGAUCACGUUGCCGCCCUACCACGCGCCAAGCACCAGUCCCGAAGCAGAGAGAGGGAGCCCCCUAAAUCGUAAUUGAAGGCGCGCCGCCGCUGCGUUGGAGAGAGGCCGUUGCCGCGGCCGGUGGUGGUGGUGGAAGGAACGGAACCUCCCGAGUGGGCAGAGAGAUGAGCUGCCGCGGCUCUUCCUCUUCCUUUACCUCAUCUUCUUGUUGCUGCAGCCGGAAUGGAGAGGAGGUGGGAAUCUCCUCAUCGUCCUGCUGCACAGGCAAUAAGGCGGCGGCGGAUGCCGCUACGGGUACCGGAAAGGUUUUCUUCGUAUCUCAAACCGGCACUUCCAGAGCACUUGCUCAGCGUGUUUUGGAUCGUGAGCGGGAAGGACUAGCAGACAUACACCUGGACCUCGUCGACCCGCAGAACUAUGAACCCGAGGAGCUGAGUAAAGAGUCCCUACUGAUCAUCGUGGCGUCUACUUGGGAGGACGGCGGGCCUCCUGAUAACGCUCGCUUCUUUGCUCGGUGGCUCGAGGAAUCCGUGGACGACUUUAGGGUCGGCUCCACUCUACUCUCCCGGUGUCGAUUCGCCGUCUUCGGCGUCGGCAGCAGUUCCUACGGCUCCACUUUCAACGCCGUUGCGCAGCGUUUCUCUCGGUGGCUGAAAGCGCUGGGUGCCCAGGAGGUGUUGCCUCUCUGCUUGGGGGAUCAAGACCAAGGCAAUCUGGAUGACGUUUUCGACGACUGGGCGGGUAGGUUGAUACAUUGCUUGAGCCAAUCGGCGUCGACGCCAGUGGGGGUGAUUUCCACGAUAGGUGCUGAUGGUGGUGGAAAGGAUACCGAGUUCUUGGAAGCCGGCUCGUCCUCAGGAGAGGAGGACUAUGAGAGCUUCGAUGAAGAUGAAGGAAACAGUGGCGACGAGGCAUCUGCUCUGGUGGACUUGGAGGAUGUCGCUGGUAAAGAUCCGGCACCGCCACGGACUCCCCAGGGGAAGAAUGGGAAAGUAACUUUCUCUGCUAAGAUGAAGGUGAAGGGGGAAGCAAAGGUGGAAUCGGGAGAAGCACAUGCAGUGGAGAGCAGUCCGAUCAAUUCUUUUUCUUCUCUCUCCUCCAUCGUUACAGGUAUACAAGGUAAUGAGGGGGAGAAAGAAAUGGUAACGCCUGUUAUCAGAGCGAGCCUGGAGAAACAGGGCUACAAAAUCAUUGGUUCACAUAGUGGAGUGAAACUUUGUAGAUGGACCAAGUCACAACUUCGAGGUCGUGGAGGUUGUUACAAGCACUCAUUUUAUGGAAUAGAGUCUCAUCGGUGUAUGGAAGCAACCCCCAGCUUAGCUUGUGCAAAUAAAUGUGUAUUCUGUUGGAGGCACCACACAAAUCCUGUUGGUAAAAGUUGGCGGUGGAAGUUGGAUGAUCCUUUACAAAUAGUCGAUGCGGCCAUCGAUCAGCAUAUGAAAAUGAUAAAGCAAAUGAAAGGGGUACCAGGAGUGAAACAAGAAACUUUGCUGGAAGGUCUCAACCCCAGGCACUGUGCUCUUUCUCUUGUUGGAGAACCAAUCAUGUACCCAGAGAUAAAUGCACUCGUUGAUGAGUUGCAUAGGAGGCAUAUUUCUACCUUUCUGGUGACAAAUGCACAGUUUCCUGAGAGGAUUAAACUGCUGAAACCGAUUACUCAGCUGUAUGUGAGUGUAGAUGCUGCCACUAAGGAAAGCUUGAAGGCAAUUGAUAGACCACUCUUUGGAGAUUUCUGGGAGCGUUUCAUUGGUUCACUAGAAGCACUUCGUGACAAAGAGCAGCGGACUGUUUACCGUCUAACUCUAGUGAAAGGAUGGAAUACGGAGGAUAUCGAUGCAUACUCAGACCUGUUCAAGAUUGGCCAACCUGAUUUUAUUGAAAUCAAGGGUGUUACCUACUGUGGCUCGUCUGCGACCUCCAAGCUUACAAUGGAAAAUGUUCCAUGGCAUGCUGAUGUAAGAGCCUUCUCUGAGGCUUUGGCAGAAAGGAGUAAUGGGGAGUAUGAAGUUGCAUGUGAGCAUGUUCAUUCUUGCUGUGUGCUUCUCGCCAAAGUUGACAAAUUUAAAAUCCAUGGCCAAUGGUUCACAUGGAUUGAUUAUGAGAAGUUCCAGGCACUGGUUGCCUCAGGAAAAUCGUUUACAAGUAAUGACUACAUGGCCUUAACGCCAUCUUGGGCUGUUUAUGGGGCCGAGGAAGGUGGGUUUGACCCCGAACAAGCUCGCCACAGGAAGGAACGACGGCACAGAGAACACUAGCCAUGGCCAAGCCUCUCAUGGAACUCGUGAGCCUUUCUAGUGCUUGCUCCAGUUGAUGGGCAUUCGUUUCAUCAGUCAGUUUGUUCAGGUGCGAAACUUCGCAGCUCAAUCCAGUGGGGCCAAGAGCAUCGGGCGCAACAGAGGACAGCUUGCCCCUUGCAGGAGUCCACCAUUGAGUCGCGCAUUCAAGCGACUCCCAGAUGGCACGGGGUCUUCCUAGCACAGAUUUGCGUUUGCACUGUAUCUAGAGAGCAGCUCGUGGCUCAUCAUGGUUAGAUUGAUGAAAGCUUGUCCAAGUUCCCUUCUGCCAGGCGCUUUCAGCAAUAAUUUUGUCAUUUGUUUGACCAUUUUAUUUAGGUUUCUAAAUACUAAAUGAAAAACCAGUGUUUGCAUCGAAAAGGUUA